UUUACAUGAAAAGCAAGGUCCUGUGAAUAUAAAAUUCUACAAUUAUACCUUGCUAAAGAAAAGGAAGGGGAAAGAACUCUUUUCUUCUUCUUCUUCUUGUAGUUUUACUACACAACUAAGAGAGAGAUCGAGGGAAAAAGAGAGGAUCAUGGCUGCGGGAGGAGCCCACAAAGGAAACGGUAAUGGAAAUAGAGGAAGGCCGUAUGGGUUGAUGCUGCUUUUAGCAUUUGGGGCUGCUUUGCUUGGUGUUAUGGUGCUACAUAAGUUCAGAGAGAGACGCAUCUUCAACCUCCUUGUCAAAGAGAAGGAUCGUGAGCUCAUGUCCCUCCAGCUUAUCUUGCAGAAGGAAAGAGAACGCAGCAAAGAAAUGAAAAGAAAGGCAGAAGAGAUGAAAGGGAAGAUAUACUCUCUAAGAACCCAAAAGAUGGAGCUUGACAGGAGGCAGCUGGAGUUGCAGUCCACAAUUGAUUCCAUAAAGGAUGAACAAAAGAUUAUGGAGUCUGCCCUCGAGGAGAAGCGAAAUGAGAUCAAAAUGCUAAGAGAGAUGAACAUUGACGCAGAUAAAGGAAACCUUCAACUGGCGGAUCUUAUAGAAAGUCUGAAAAAAUCAAAAUGCUAA